UUUUUUAAAUCUGAAAUUUUGGAAACCAGUAGAGGGUAGAGGUAAGAAAAAAGUUUUGAAGUUUGGAAACCACGCACUUUAACCUUCAUUUUAAUGAAGGAAAUGCACUUUGGAAUCUACAUAAAGAACACAAAACUAGAGAUGGGGCACUUCUCAAAUGGGGAAACGAGGACUAAAUUUCAUUUUAAUCAGAGAGAGAAUCUAGAGAGAGAAAAUGGGUGUCUCGAAAUUUGCAGAGAUUUUAUGAAAAUAAGAGAGAGAAAAUGGGUGUGUCUCGAUAUUUGCAGACAUUUUGAGAAAAUGAGAGAUCCCACACUUAAGUACGGGCUGCCUGCGUGGGCUUACAGACAAACUACCUUCUCACCAGAUGGCUUUUUGUCAUUUCAACGUGGCUUGUUCUUAGACGUCCACGUUUCACUGCGUUGUGCUCCUCCCUGCUUCAGGUUCUUUAACUGGUCUUCUUCUCAACUGAAAAUGGCAUUCAAAUCUGAAACCUUAGAACCAGAGUUUAUUUUCUGAGUUGGGUAAAAUUUCAUGUAAUUUCUCUAUUUUUCUGUUACUUGUGUUCAUUCGUAACGUGGGUACCUGAAAUUUUCCUCUAUUUUCCAUUUUUUUUCGGUCAUUUUUCUUCUGGUGUUUUUCACUGCCCCAAAACUCUUUUAAGUAUAGGAACCAGGCUGAUAUCAUUUUAGUUUGGAGUUGGGUUUUUGAUAUAUGCCCAAUGUGAUUUACUUUUUGGGUAUAUUUGAUUCGAAACAACAGUCCUAUUUCAAGAAUUUUCGAGCCAUCAUUCCAAGUUUUUAUACUGUAGUGAUUGCAGUUUGAGAUUUGGUUUUGAGAUAUCAAUCCUUUUAUUUAUGGUUUUGUUAAUAGUUUAUUGAUAUUAGUCAUGUAUUGAUAUUUAAGUGAGUUUUCUCUUUCAGUUUUGAAUUGAAUGUUCGAAAUUUGAAUUUCUUUCAGGUUUUUUAAAAUUUGCUUGCUGAUAUAUGUGCCAUGAAAGAAUACUUAUCCUUUUCAUAUCCAAUUCACAGCCCUUCUUGUUCUAUUUUGUAAAUCUGAUUUUUGAGAUUAAUUCUGUACUGUUUUCUUUUCUUGAUGCAUCAAAAGUUUUCUAGCAUUCAACUUGGUUUAGGAAUUAUGACCAUGUUCUCUAGCUUCUUCUAGAUUGCACCUGGUUUUUUUAAUUACAAGUUUGCAACAGGACAAGUGAAAAAUAAUUUGAAAUGUAUAAUCCAAGUUCUCAUUUGCAUUUUCAAGUUUGAAGUUUUUUUUUUUUGUUGGAGAAUGAGGCUUUAUGUUCAUGUUUUGGAAACAAGGAAUUCAUUAACAUAUGAUUUCAAUGGGCGUGCUGAUGCGUAUGUUAAGCUACAGAUUGGGAAGUAUAUAUUUAGAACUAGGCUUGUGAACAUUAUUCUGAAACCCAUUUGGAAUGAGGAGUUUGUUUUCCAAGUCGAAGAUUUGGAUGAUGAACUGAGUAUAUGUGUUUUGGACAAGGAUGGAUUCUUCGAUGGUGAGUUUACAGGUGAGGCUAGAAUUCCUGUCUGGAGGGUGUUUGAGGCAGACAACCAGACCUUGCCACCAACCUGGUUUAAACUACACCAGAGAAGCAACAAGUCCAAGAUCAAGGAUUGUGGAGAAAUUCUUCUCAUUAUAUCAUUGUAUGGGAGGCCCAACAACAAUCCCAGUGCCAUCCAUCCACUUCCCUCUGAUUUUUUAAAGUUGUCUGAUAGUGCGCACUCAUCUGUAGAGCAUAAAUUAGCGCCCACUAAACCUUCUAAGACAGGAUUAGAUGAUUUGGCUGAAGAAAAGCCUUCUUUCCAAGCUCUUGCUGGCCGUUUGGUUAAGAGGUUUCUCAGCAAGAAUGACAAUUCAAAUGCACCUACAACAAAAAACAUGGAUUCGUUAGAUUGUAGCAGCACAAUAUCAGACGAUGCAAGAGAGUUAGAUGAAGGUUCAUCCUUAGACUCUACAUUUGAAGAAGCUCUUAGCAUUCUACAGUCAAGAGAUCAGCAAAAUGAACUUCCUGAUAAUCUACCUGGAGGAGUACUCAUCAAUCAGGCAUAUAAAGUAAAACCCAAUGAUCUCAACUCUAUUCUUUUUGCACCCAAUUCCCAGUUUUCCAGAGAAUUCAUAGAACUUCAAGGCAUAACCGAUCUUAGAGAGGGACCUUGGAAAUGGGACAAUGAUGGAGAAACUUUAAAGAGAACUCUCCAAUAUAAAAAACCAGCUACCAAAUUGGUUAAAUCUGUGAGAGCAACUGAGGAGCAAACCUAUCUUAAAGCCAGUGGAAAAUCCUUUGCUAUCUUCAAUAGUGUGAGUGUACCUGAUGUUCCUUAUGGGAGUUCUUUCCAGGUCGAAUUGCUCUAUAAAGUAAUGCGAGGGCCCGAAUUAUCUUCUGGAGAAGAGACCUCGCUCCUGGUUAUAUCAUGGCAUUUAAAUUUCUUACAGAGUGUUAUGCUGAAAGGAAUAAUUGAAGGAGGUACUCGUGCUGGACUCAAGGAAAGUUAUGACCAGUUUACAGAUUUUCUAGCCAAGAAGGUCAAGGCAGUGGAUUCGAGAGAAGUGGAUUUGGACAAGGAGCUGGUUCUGGCAUCAGUUCAGAUGGAUCAACAGUCAGAUUGGAAGUUGCCCGUCGAAUACUUUUGGAAUUUCACUGUAGUUACAACUAUUUUCAUGGGGUUGUAUUUUCUUUGUCAUAUUAUCCUGGCUGGGCCCAGCACAAUUCAAGGCCUUGAGUUCACUGGUUUAGAUUUACCUGAUUCGUUUGGCGAGUUACUCACAGCUGGCCUUUUGGUUCUUCAAGUUGAGCGAGUUCUGGAAAUGGUGUCACAUUUUGUGCAGGCUAGAUUACGAAGAGGCAGUGAUAAUGGGAUCAAAGCACAAGGUGAUGGGUGGUUGCUGACAGUGGCUUUACUGGAAGGAAGCAAUUUAGCAUCUGUUGGGGCAACUGGGCUUUCAGACCCCUAUGUUGUAUUCACAUGCGAUGGUAAAGCUCGAACAAGUUCAAUUAAACUUCAGACCAAGGACCCACAAUGGAAUGAAAUAUUCGAGUUUGAUGCAAUGGAGGAGCCUCCCUCCAUGCUUGAUGUGGAAGUUUUUGAUUAUGAUGGGCCAUUUGACGAGGCCACUUCUCUUGGACAUGCAGAGAUAAAUUUUCUAAAACAUAAUUCUGCAGAACUCGCAGACAUUUGGGUUCCCCUAGAAGGCAAACUGGCCCAAGCUUCACAGUCCAAGUUGCAUUUAAGAAUAUUCUUGGACAAUACCAAGGGGGCAGAAAUCAUCAAAGAGUACUUGGCAAGGAUGGAAAAGGAGGUUGGAGAGAAGAUAAAUUUGCGGUCACCUCAUAGGAAUUCUAUGUUUCAGAAGCUCUUUGGGUUGCCCCCAGAAGAGUUUCUCAUCAAUGAUUUCUCAUGUUACCUAAAGCGCAAGAUGCCUCUCCAGGGACGCCUCUUUUUAUCUGCCAGAAUAAUUGGGUUUUAUGCAAACUUGUUCGGUCAUAAAACCAAGUUCUUUUUCCUUUGGGAAGACAUUGAAGAUAUACAAGUGGUACCCCCUUCUCUAGCAUCAGUGGGGAGCCCAUCUUUGAUGAUAACUCUGCACAAGGGCCGAGGCCUUGAUGCUAGGCAUGGUGCAAAGACACAAGAUGAGGAAGGCCGGUUAAAAUUUCACUUCCAGUCAUUUGUGUCUUUCAAUGUGGCAAGCAGGACCAUUAUGGCUUUAUGGAGAACAAGAAAUUUAACACCUGAGAUGAAAGCACAAAUAGCAGAUGACCAACAUUGUCCUGAUGGGAAAAUUACUCCAACUGAAGAAUGUGGUUCUUUCUUGGGUGUGGAGGAUGCAAAUAUGUCAAAGGCGUAUUCUGCAUCUCUUCCUGUUUCAAUCAACUCACUGAUGGAAAUGUUUGGUGGAGGCUAUUUGGACAGAAAGAUAAUGGAUAAAGCGGGCUGCUUAAAUUAUACAACCACUCCUUGGGAAGCUGUUAGGCCUGAGGUCUAUGAGAGACAUAUCAGCUACAAGUUGAACCGCCAUAUCUCAAAUUUUGGAGAGGAAGUAACCAGCACACAACAAAAGUCACUCAUGGCUGACGGUAUCGGUUGGGUUGUUGAUGAGGUCAUGACUCUGCAUAAUGUCCCAUUCGGCGACCAUUUCCGGGUCCAUUUGAGGUAUCAAAUAGAAGACUCAGCUACCCUGCUUGAAACCUGCAACUGCCAUGUUUAUGUUGGAAUUGCAUGGCUGAAAAGCACCAUGUUUCAAGAGAGGAUCACCAAGAAUAUAUUUGAGAAACUUACCCAGCGUGUAAAGCACAUGUUCCACCUUGCCGAAAUCCUCUCAUCCAAGUAACAAGAACCAGUGGAGAGUGCUGAGAACACCUUGGUCUUGGAGUUUGGCUUCUUCGAUAACGUUAGGAUCAUGGGUUUUACACGGCAUGGCUGAGGUUCCCAAUACGGAUCAUGGGUUUUACACGGCAUGGCUGAGGUUCCCAAUACGAAAGCUUCACAUACAGUUAAAGAGAAGCCAUGCAAUUCUCCUGGUCAAUACAGUUAAAGAGAAGCCAUGCAAUUCUCCUUGUCAAGAGUGACUGUGAUCUCUUUGUAACUAAAAGUAAAAAAGUAAGGUCUCUUUGUAUGCUUCUUUUAUCAAUUUUUUAAGAAAUAAUAUAUUUGAGAGCUGUGGAAGAGUUAAUUUCA